AUGUACAGUCCAGUGGCCAGCUUACAACUUCAGCUUGGUACGGCGCCAGUGACGUCUCUUGGCAUUGUAUCGGAUCUUGUUUCCAGUCUUCAUUCUGAACCAUUGAGGCAGUUGGCGGUUUUGCUUGGCGGCCUUGGCCAGUUUGCGUUUGAUGAUGAAGGUCUUGUGAGACGCCAUCUGAAAGACGGUAAACUAUAUUCUAAACAUAACUAAUUGCGCGAGAAGGAUCGAGGUAUAUAAGCAAUACAAAUAAAAUUUCACGAAGGUCCCAAGCCAAACUCUCUAAAGCAAAGUCGGCCAUCUAUGGAGCCAAAAUUUUGUGAGAAAGGAAAUCUUGAUCUAAAACAAUGUGGCCAAAAAGACAAAGAAAACGCGCAAAAUGUAAAAGCAAACUUUGAAAAAUUGUAAAACCCCAGAAAAAGAAUUUCUAAAAAAAUAUAGAAGGUAGAAGAUACCGUAACUUUUUCGGCAUUCUAUCGUUGCGGGGCCCAUAUUUUCAGGCAAAACGGCGUGAUCUUGGCAUUUCGCAAUAAAAAAUAAAAAAAUUUCGGAAGUUUUGCUGAGAAUUCGUUGCUUAUUUUUGCGUAAACAAUGUUGUCGACAACGCUGUUCUCGUGCAGUUUACGUGCUAUUCAUUGAGUGUUUGUAAUUCCCAUUUCAGAGAAUUUUAUGAUGGAUUCGAGGAAGGGUCUCUUGAACAUGAAUGAACAGGAAUUGAUGGAGUUCAGGUCUGCUCGGAAGGCGAAUAUCAUGUUGGGCCCGGUUCCAGUCGAUGUUACGAUGGCUGCAGUUCAGGCGGAUGAUGACUUUGCUGAACUUCCUAAACUUGACGGACCGAAUGGAGUUGAAUUUGGAAGAAGUGGAAAUUGUGCAACUCCACGGGGUCCGCAGGUUCAGCACACGUUGUACAUGUCCGCCUCUGACCAGCUGCUUCCAAGUGUUGGUUUCCAUGCGGGAACCCUUGAUUUUAGCAACAUGUAAGUAUGUUUAACUUAUUUUUUAUACGUUUAGAUAUCUCGUAUGUGUAAUAUUGAUGUUACAGGGAAUCAAUGGAUUUUACCGAGUCUACACGGAUAUCUCAGUACAAUCCCUUCCCCUCUACUCCAAAAACAAGUUCCCUCAGGGAAUACGAGCUCCUGGAAAGCAAAAUUCAUCUGGAACACAUACUUACCCUGUUUUCCCAAUGGGAUGCCGGAAUGAAAGCGAAGUUCAUGCGGGAGUUCCGAGGAAAUUCAUUGUUGGACGACUUCCUGAUUCAGCAUUUCAAAUCAAAGGGCACCUAA